AUGAUUUUCAAUGACACCGACGUUGAUUCUGCCGACGUUGAUUCUGCCGACGUUGAUUCUGCCGACGUUGAUUCUGCCGACGUUGAUUCUGCCGACGUUGAUUCUGCCGACGUUGAUUCUGCCGACGUUGAUUCUGCCGACGUUGAUUUUGCCGACGUUGAUUUUGCAGAUGACAUGCUUAUGUUCUCCACAUCGCAAGAAGUCCCAGUAUUCUUCAUAUUAAGAGAGCACUUUGCCACGUCUCCUCCAGAAUUCGCCCAAUAA